AUGUCUCAAUUCGAGCCCAAUGCGAUUCUGCGGGGAGCCCAGCUUACCGUUGUUGGCACUGUGCGAAUUCUGCGAAACCCCGAAUUAUUCAAGCAUGAUCACUUUCGCCAAGCUGCCCUGGCCGUUCUGAUUGGAGUGGUGAUUCACCUUAUCUUACAGAUUCCGAUGAUCAUUAUCAAGCUAGCGCUUCAAAUCGCUUCACUUGUGGUCGAGUUGGACUCCGCGACUUGGGAUGACAAGCUCAUUGGAGGGCUGAACUUCGUAUCCAACUCCGUGCUUCAAGUGCCCUUCCUACUCAUGACCCUUAUGCGAUACAUCACACCCACAUUAGAUGAUAUAUUUCUCCUAUCUCUCAAAUGGGUUGAUGCCACGUACGUCGAAAAACACAAAACCGAUGAUCCUCGAAACACCCGGGCCAUGUACUAUCCCAACCUCGUCAAAUACCAAACAAAAAGGAGCGGUUCUCCAUCGACACCACGGAAGCCAAUCAAUAUCGCACUGAUAGCGUUUCUGAAUCGAUACGCACGGAGGGUAGGUAUGUGGCUGGGAAUCUACGUUUUGUCUUUGCUUCCCGUGGUCGGACGAUUUGUUAUGCCCGCUGCUAGUUUCUACAGCGUCAGGAAGUCCUUGGGUACGACACCAGCAGCAGUCAUAUUUGGAUCAGGAUUGGUAUUGCCAAAGAGGUACAUCGUAUUCUUCUUGCAUACCUACUUUGCCUCACGAAGCUUGAUGCGCGAGCUUCUUGACCCCUAUUUCUCCCGUAUCCGAUUUGACAAGGAGCAAAAACGAAGAUGGUUCCUCGACCGGGAGGGCGUCCUUUUCGGCUUCGCAUUUGCCUUCACUAUCGUGCUCAAGGCCCCUUUUAUUGGCGUGCUCAUGUAUGGGAUUGCGCAAGCGUCCACUGCGUAUCUAAUCACAAAGAUCACCGAUCCCCCACCACCUCCUGAUCGCAGUGAAGGAUUCGCCGAGAAAGAAGUUACCUGGCAGAAUAAGCACGACUUUUUGCAACUUUCUAUUCAUGCUCUGGAUAGAAUCAAUGUGAAUGCUGUCGAUAAAAGUCGAGCCAAGAGUACCGGCGCGGAUGCACCCCCAAGCUCUGGGAAGGUUUACUCAUGA